AUGUGGAGGAGGAACAGCGCAGCCCCGGUGCUGGUGCUGGUGCUGGCGGCGUGGGCGGCGCUGCGUGCCGCGGCUGCUCAGCCGGGAGAGCAGCUGGUGCGGCGCAAGAGGAUCGUCGGCGGAGACCCCGCCCCGCAGCCGCCCGCCGACGACCCGGCGGUCGUCAUCUACCGCGGCGACGAGCAGGCCACGCUGCGGGGCGUGCGCGAGGGCCCCUACUACGCCUUCAGGGGCAUCCGCUUCGCCGAGCCCCCCGUCGGCAGGUUAAGGCUUCAGAGACCUCGAAGAGCUUUUCUUUCUGGUACAUACAGUGCCACAAAGCCACCUCCGCCAUGCCCUCAACCAGAUCCUAGAGGAACAGGUGGCAUUGUUGGAAGUGAAGAUUGUCUAUUCCUGAAUGUCUUCACACCAAAACUUCCAGAUGGAAGUAGUGGUUUACCAGUGCUGUUUUGGAUUCACGGUGGUGGUUACCGUCGUGGCUCAGCAUCUCAAUAUGGAGUUACACCACUAUUGAAUAAAAAUGUAGUAGUUGUUACUAUACAAUAUCGCCUUGGAACAUUGGGUUUUCUGAGUGGUGCAUCUAAAGAACUCCCAGGAAAUGUUGGACUUUUUGAUAUGUCUUUGGCUCUUGAUUGGGUUCGUGAUUACAUCAAGUUCUUUGGAGGAAAUCCAGAUCUUAUUAAAGCAUGUGGGCAAGGCACUGGAGCUAGCAGUGCAAUACUAUUGUCACUGUCCAAGAUAUCACAAGGGUUUCUGGGUGGCAUCAUAGCUCUAAGUGGGACAGCAUUGUCAGCUUUUGCAGUUGAUAAUGAUCCUCUGGGAACAGCUAGAGAUUUAGCUACAAAAAAUGGCUGCCCGGUAUCCCCCAUGCUUGCAAUGGUACGAUGUUUACAAGAACUUCCUGUGGAAUCACUGAUAAAGGCUGAUUCAAACCUUCAGGAUGCUAGACUUUUAGCAAAGGGACUUAUUGCUGGUUUAAAAGGAUUACUUGGGCCUGCUCCUGUUGUUGAUGGUGCACAUGACAACCGGUUUAUUCCCAGUUUCCUUCAGGAUGAACCACUUAAUAUUCUCAAGUCUGGAAAAUUUCCAAAAAUACCACUGCUGACUGGAAUUACAAAAGAUGAAACAUCGACUGCUAUACUAGGUGAUUACCAGAAUGAUAUUUUGGGAAAGUUAUCAACAAUUCCUAAUUAUGCAAACCAGAUAGUUGAUGGCCUUGGAGCCUCCAUAACAUCAGUUACCAAUGCUACAAAGCAGCUGACAUCAAUUUCCUCAAUUUAUUUCAAUUCUGGUGUUCUUACAAAUCCGGAAAAAAUUAUUAACAAAUUAAUAGAGGCAACUGGGGAUGCACUAUUUAGUCUCCCAGCUUUUGAGACUUCACAACUGUGGUCAGAUAAAUUUCCUACUUACCUGUACAGUUUUGAACACAAAGGGAAGCAGAAAGGUGGACCUGAGUUUCUCACUGGUCUUCCAUUAGUCCAACAGACACUGACACCAGCUCCCAAUGAAGGUAUUGGACAUGGAGAUGAUUUGCCCUUUUUGUUUGAUGCAUUGCCACUUGAUGGAAAUAAAAUACCUGGAACUAGUUUUAAACUUACGGAUCCUGAUGACCUUGCAGUGCAAGACCUGAUGACAUCAUACAUAGCAGAGUUUGCUAAAACUGGAGUCCCUGUCAAUGGUACUUCAGAUGGUAAAGGCACCUGGUUGCCGUUUAGUAGAUCAAACAACAACUAUCUGCAAAUAGCAAGAAACCCCAUGCCAGCUAAGGAUUUCCGUUUCUGUCAGCUGGCUGCCUGGGCUGGAAUAGCGGAACGUCUGCAAACAACAUCGUGCCAGGCUUUUAACGUCGCUAAGGAUCUUGCUGGCUCUAUUACAGAUGUCAAAAUAAUACCUGUUGCUGUUCCACUUAACACACACAUUUUACCUUUUGGAGGAUAGUUGGAAUUUCUCAAAUGACUCAUUCUCUCAUGGACAAAAUCAUAAGCAGUGCUUUAUGAAAUAACUUCACUUAAGCGAACUUUAAAGACCUGCUGAAGUGAUACCUUUGAUAUUACUGCUAGGUAAAUUUACCGUUAACUGUGAACUUCAUGUUGCAGUUGAUUUAAUAAUGAAACUUCAUUUCUUGUUAAAGUUUUAAUUUUAUUUUCUGUACUGAAGAAAAAUAUAUUUUCUUCUGUUAAGUAACUUUUUGAUAACUCCUCUCUGCACACUGAUAAUGCCGGUAUGCUGUUGUCAAAAGUGUUCACAAUAAUAAUAGCAUAUAAUUAUUUCUCUGCCAUUACUGAUUAAUUUUUAUAGUCAAGAAGGAAGAUAUUAAAUACGUUAUGUCUCCAAA